AUGUCGCAAACCGAAUCUCCUCCUUUCGGCGCCUCCGCAAGUUCGAAUGGUUCUUCGGCUACCCAGGAACAGCCCGGUUUUCACUCCGAUGUCACCACAGCCGCUCAACGGCCCCAUUUUCAGGACGAUGGGGUGUUAGUCACUACUGCAGAUAAGUCGAAUACUGCAAGUGAGCGCAAGCCUGAGACGGCACGUAUCCAAGAGACCAUCAACCCCAACGUCGAGAAUCUUCAUCAAGCUGUUAGACGUGUUCCUGGAAUACAGUUAGAGAUCCCUCCAAUCGCUUUCCGGAUGACUGUGUAUGGAAUUAUUCGGCGACUAGUCGAGGAAGUUGAAGGGAAUACCGGGACAGCCGGCGAGUUUGCACAACAGUGCUCAGCAGAGCUAUCACAUCCGGAUCUCCAGGCGAUUGCACAAUUCCAGGGACAGCUUGGGUCCCCAGGUACUCUCGGAGGAGACCCCCCAUACCAGGUGGCCAAGCACAUGGAGAUUUCUCACAGGUACAGCCUUUACGAGGACAGCUAUUUUGAUCUCGUUAAGACCGAGGACGCAUUUCGUCGACUUUUCCAAUCUGCUAAAGAAAUAGCGAAGGAGAUGGGCUUUCAACAAAUGGAGAGGUAUGCGAGUGAAAGUUUGAGGAUAUAG